UGUAGGCAUGCAUGCAUGAAGAAGCAUGAAGAAGUUACAAGGUGACUGUGUCUCUUGGCUGGUCCUUUUGACUGGAGCUGCUCAGCUCUUACUAGUGUGUGGAGAGGGUAUGUUUUACUUGUGCAUGACCUCUGCUAGCAAGAUUGACUAUUGGAUUCCAUACAAUCUCUUCCAUACUGAGGUAGCAAUCUGUUCUGACCUCACUCUCACCAAUGGAAACAUUUUCUACACUGCUGGAUCCCCUGACAACAGAUCUCUCUAUUCUGGAGCUACCUACACGUGCAAUCCUGGCUACACUCUCAUUGGAGAGAGCACCACCAGGACUUGUGUGAGUGGAGGGAUCUGGAGUGGGUCACCUCCAACUUGUCAUACUGUGGACUGUAGCACUCCUCCAUCUAUUACCAAUGGAUCUCCUGGGAUACCAAGGAACACAACAUUCACAGGGACAGUGACCUACAGCUGUAAUGAUGGCUAUGCACUCUUUGGGAUGGCUACAAGUACUUGUCAAGCAAGUGCAACCUGGAGCAGACCACCAGAAUGCAGAGGUGUCCACAUUGGUGGUAUCCAAUCUGGUGUGCCCAUCUUAAUUGGAGGUUCUGUUACUAUCAGCUGCACCACUGAUUCUCCUGCUGACUCAAUAAUGUUGCUCCAAGAUGACCAACCUCUUCAUGAAGCUCAACAGUCAUCAACCACCACCUUGAUGUAUACUAGUUCUUUUGUGUCUGACAGCAUUCAUCGAAACACUUUCAAAUGUGAAGCACUGCUAACAGAGAGAACAUAUUCUUCAGAUACUGCCUUUGAUAUGGUUACCAUUUCCAUAGAAUUUCCCCAACAACCUAUUACCGCUAUCAUUAGAACAUCUAGCCCAUCAAUUCCACAAGUUGGAGAGCCGUACAGUCGAAUUUGCACUGUGUCUAAAUUUCCUGGACUAGCUCACACACCAACUGCACAAUGGCUCAAGAUUUCCACGGGGACUGAAAGAAUCGGCAUGCCCACUCCUAAUGAAGCUGCUCUUGAGUUCUUUCCACUGAGAACCUCAGAUGCUGGUAGAUACCGUUGUCAGGGAAACCUCAAUACUACUGUUCGCUCUCAACCUCUUUUAAACAGUAGCGAUUUCGAUUUAAUUUCUCAAAUACCAGCACCAACAGUGAUAAUCACAAGGUCUCCCUCUGAUUUAUUUUUGUUUGCUAACCUCAGUGUGGUAACAUUUACAUGUCAAGUGUCCAUACAUACAAGCAUCGAUACUCCUGUCAAUCUGAGCUUGACUUGGACUCGUGAGGUUUAUAGUGAUGAAGAUGAUACAACCACUGAAGUGAUCAUGGUGAAUAGUACAACCAAAGUAAUCGAGAGAAGAUGGACCUUUAAUGAUUUAAGUUCAAAAGACCAGAGAGUGACUUGCAAUGGAACAAUUAGUUCAGCUAUCAGUUUUAUUCGAGGCAAUAGCAGUACGGCUGAUGACAUGUUAUCUGUUGCUGGUGUGUUUCUUGUGUUCAACAACAGUGUACUGGACAAUACUACCUCUGUACUAGCGAGGGACUUACGUGUCAUACAGUGUCACUCUGACAAGACAGAUACAUUCAAUGAAGACCAACACGGAUGGACUUUUCCUAAUAGCACCAAGAUUACCAACAUCAGCACACUGGCUGUUGCAACACGGGAAGGAGGACACCUGGCACUCACUCGAGUGGGAAACAGUUCCUUGCCAGCUGGAGAGUAUUGUUGCAAGGCUCAGGACGCCAGGGAAACCAGCCACACCCUCUGUGUGCAUGUGGAGCCAGAACCAAGUCCCAGUGGCAGUGUCAUGAUUGGAGGGAUAGCUGCUGCGAUUGUAAUUUUGGUGGUUGCUCUACUGAUCAUCAUUGGAGCAGUUAUUCUCAUUGUUGUCAGAUGUAACGUACCACCAGGGUCGCUAAAGGGUGUGGUCAGUACUGGUGAGAUACACACAUACGAGAUGAUUGAAAUGGGUCACGAAUACGAGGAAGUGUCCAAGUUCCAACGAGCCGUUGGUGGAGAGUAUGAGAUCAUUGGAGCACCCUCACAGACAACUGGCUCCAAGAGUAAGGCUGUUAUAAAGACUGAGCCAAUACCACCCACUCCACCACAACCUUCACAAGCAACUGGAAAUGAUAUUGAGUUUACAGAGUGCGUUGCUUACAUCACGACCACCCACAGUCGUCCCCCAUAGCCCACAGGCUUAUGAACAAAUACAGCCGUUGAUGUUGACUGCUUACAUAUUAUAUGUGUACCUGUACAUAAUUUGUGCAUAUAUUCGUGAAAACUCUGAUAACGAGUGCAAGCGUUUUGCUUUGCUCAUGUGUUAGCUAUAACUAUUAUUACUUCUUGCUUUGUAUAUUUAUUGUGUU